AAAUAAUAUCUGCCACGUACAUGGGAAAAGCAAAGAUGAUUUUCGCACUGAUCGCCGUUGGAUUCGAGUUUCGACCAUGGCCCAGAAAAUAAAGAGGCUGGUCUCUUUCUACACGCGCGUCCUCGCGCCACGUCUUUGCGCGGAAUGUCGCGUUACGCAAUAUCGCACAUGCACUUCGAUUUUCGAAUACUAAGCGUCAUUACGCAGACGAUUCCAUUGACAUUAACAAAUCCGUAACGACGUCUGCGACGAGUCGACAUGAUGGCAGCAUAGAUUCGCGCGAGCGUAAGCCGCGAGCUCGCCUGACGAAUUGCGAGCCGUAACUACUUAAUACGAUGACGUCAAUUGUCGGAUGAAUAUAGCAGUACGCGAACGUCUUAUAGACCAUCGGCAGAUUGCAUUUUCAGUUUGUCAUUAUUGUAAUGAUCGCCAUAAAAUUUUAUUUGCGAUCAUCCUUUUCGAUUCGGACGAACAAUAGUUUGAAGUGUGUUGCUUGAGUUCUCGCCGGUUCGCCAAUUACAGAUUGCAAAACACUAUUAAUUCGAGCAUGAUCAUUGUCAUGCGCGUAAAAUUUGAAGAAAUUGUUCAAAUAUUUAGAAUGGAAUUAACAGAAAGUAACAAAAUUAAUAAAAAGUAAUAGAAAUGCGAGGGGCGAUGCUCGAUAGGGUGGCACGGCCGAGGGGUAUAAUCCUGAUGAAUGAGGGCCGGCUUAAGGCAUUCGCAUUCGUAAUGUUGUAUUUACGUAAUCGAUCGCCACAUCUACGACCGGCGUAUGGAUUUCAGUAUCACUCUGCGAACGGCGAGUCGCGCAUCCAUUUACCUCUCGUCAUUCAUUACGCGCGCAAUGCGUCUGGCGUGACCUGCACUUAACGCAAUCGUAAUCACAACAUUGCGAUCGCACGACGAUCGGUCAUAACGGUAAUUACACGUGUCGUGGAAUGGAAUAAACCGCGUUAAUGACAAACGCGGAGAUUAAUCAGACCGCGGAAAAUCCGCGGCUAUCGCGGAAUUUACCGCGUAAUAAGAUUUACACAUAAAUCGAUAAACAGUAGCUUCUUCUCUUCUUGUAACGAACAAUCUCUCCGUGACGAAUACGAAAAUUAUGCACGCGUGCGGGAUGAAGCCUUCGCGACGAAGUGCACACGACUCUUGACACGAUUGAAAUUUGCGCUUCAAAUGCAAUUGAUAAUGUGCUGUGACUGAGAUCAUACUGCUAAUUACCAAAUACAACCAUGGGACGCAAACGGGACGUCAAAUCGUGCCCGUCCACGACGAAAACCAGAUCUAAAUCCGCAUCACAAACACACGAUGAUCGACGCGAGACAUCAAUCACGCGACGGAAAUGGCGUGAUAAGUUGCCCAUGUUACAAUUACCCGAGAUAGAACGCAGUCAACGAGCUGAUCGAUUAAGGAAAGCUAAACGACAUGCGGCUCGAGUCGGCGAUAUGCCGUCAAGCUCCGUAUUGAUCACCGAAAUUACGCAGGAGCAAGCUGAAAGGGAAAACGACGGAGGUGCGGGUGCCGCCGGUCUCGCGAACGUUACGAUGAUGCAGAGCAACAACGCUGACAGCAACAUAGACAUGACGACGAUGACAUCGAGCACUGUCUUGUCGACGCCGGGGUUGAACAACCCCACCUGGAAUCGUCAGCAAGCGGUCAGCGUUAGGCAUGCCUUCAAGACCUAUGGCAGCAGCAAAAAUCCGAAUCACGUUAUACAGAACCUCAGCAUGACGGUGGCAAAGGGCUCGAUAUACGGGCUACUGGGUGCCAGCGGAUGCGGCAAGACCACUCUGUUAUCUUGCAUUGUCGGCCGCAGGAGAUUAAAUUCAGGCGAGAUCUGGGUGCUGGGCGGCAAGCCUGGGACGAAGGGUUCCGGAGUGCCUGGGAAAAGGGUCGGUUAUAUGCCGCAAGAAAUCGCCCUCUACGGCGAGUUCACCAUCCGCGAGACCAUGAUGUACUUCGGCUGGAUAUUUGGAAUGUGCACGGCUGAGAUCGUCGAGAGGCUGCGCUUCUUGCUGCAAUUUCUCGAUCUGCCUUCUCAGAAUCGUUUGGUGAAGAAUCUCAGUGGCGGUCAACAAAGACGAGUCUCCUUCGCCGUUGCUCUCAUGCACGACCCGGAAUUGUUGAUUCUGGACGAACCGACCGUAGGUGUGGAUCCGCUCCUAAGACAAAGUAUAUGGAAUCAUCUGGUUCAAAUUACCAAAGAUGGUAACAAGACAGUCAUUAUUACGACUCACUACAUCGAAGAAGCCCGACAAGCGCACACGAUCGGUUUGAUGAGAAGCGGCCGAUUAUUGGCCGAAGAGGCACCCAGAACCCUCUUGCAAAUGUACAACUGCGCCUCCCUCGAAGAGGUCUUCCUGAAGCUGUCCAGAAAACAAGGACAGUAUGCUCAAUCUACGACAGAAUUGAAUAUUUCGAACAACAUCAGCUUGGCUUCUUUAAACUGGGGGAAAAAAGACGAGCCGGUAUACGUGACGGAAGAAUCCGGCGUUGUCGGUCUCAACUUCCACCAAAGCAAAGAGGUGCUGAUCUACGAUUCCACCAACGGAAUAGCGAAUCAUUAUGAUAUAAAUGGCAAACCACUGCCGAGUGCGAAAACCGAAUCGGUUCUGGAAUGCGACGAUUGCGGCGACUUCACGGACUGCUAUAAGGUCACCAGUUGGGGCAAAGUCAAAGCGCUUCUGCAAAAAAACUUCUUGCGCAUGUGGAGAAACAUCGGCGUGAUGCUGUUCAUCUUUGCCUUGCCGGUGAUGCAAGUAAUCCUCUUCUGUCUGGCUAUCGGAAGAGAUCCCACGGGACUAAAACUGGCCAUAGUGAAUCACGAGAUGUUUUACGAGAACAUGACGUGCCCCGUUUCGACGGACUGCCAUUUCACGUUUCUCAGUUGUCGAUAUCUCAACUUCCUGGAUAAUGAAACAAUGAUAAAGAUAUAUUAUCCAGAUCCGGAAUCGGCGAUGGAAGCCGUUCGCAAAGGAGACGCUUGGGGUACUUUGUACUUUACGGAAAACUUCACGGACGCUCUCGUGGCGAGGAUGGCCUUAGGAAGAGAUUCCGAUGAUGAAACUCUCGAUCAAAGCGAAAUUCGAGUCUGGCUAGAUAUGUCUAAUCAACAAAUAGGCCUGAUGCUAGCGAGAAAUCUUCAAUAUUCAUAUAGAGAUUUUGCCAAGGAUCUUUUAUCAGCCUGCAAUCAAAAUACAAAACUAGCCGACGUGCCGAUUCAAUUUAAGAAUCCAAUUUAUGGCACUAACGAACCCAGCUUUACAGAUUUCGUGGCACCAGGUGUAAUAUUGACCAUUGUUUUCUUCCUGGCGGUUGCGUUAACAUCAUCGGCAUUGAUUAUUGAAAGGAUGGAAGGCCUUCUGGACCGAAGUUGGGUGGCUGGCGUAUCACCCGGUGAAAUUCUGUUCUCCCAUGUAGUCACGCAAUUUGUGGUGAUGUGCGGUCAAACAGCUCUGGUGUUGAUCUUUAUGAUCUUGGUGUUCGGCGUUGAAUGCAAAGGCGACAUUAUCUCGGUAAUCAUAUUGACGAUCCUUCAAGGACUCUGCGGCAUGUGUUUCGGGUUCGUAAUUUCGGCGAUUUGCGAACUCGAAAGAAAUGCCAUCCAGCUGGCUCUAGGCAGUUUUUAUCCUACGCUUCUUCUCAGCGGUGUGAUAUGGCCGGUGGAAGGCAUGCCGACCUUCUUGCGAUACAUUUCGCAAGGUCUGCCGCUAACGAUGGCGACGACCGCUCUGCGUUCCAUGCUAACUCGCGGCUGGAGCAUCACGGAGCCGAACGUCUACAACGGCUACAUCUCCACCAUUAUCUGGAUUAUCGUGUUUCUCACGAUAAGUUUGUUGGUGCUGAGAUUUAAGCGCGGAUAAGGAUAGCUGCAAUUUCCGUCCAGACUGUAUACGGUGUACAGUGCCUCACGAACAUUCCGCGACGUAUAGAUUAGAAAGUGUUGAAUCUGGGAGGGAUUGUUCCUCGGAACGGAGCGAAUCGUUCGAGAAUCGAUCGCGAAUAUGUUUUCGAAUGAAAUGAGACGUCGUAAGAUUCGCGUUUUCAUCUAGGGACAAAGCGAUCCUUCGAAGACGCUUUUCUUCGUCUAUCCGUUUCAGUUGCGUUAUAACUAGGAUUCUGGAAGCUAACGAAACGUUAAUUAUAGAAUUAGCAAACUGAUAGAUGCAACUGAAUGUCGAUGACUGAGAAGAACGUAAAGAAAACUUUCGGAUUUUUUAUUUUAGCGCGUCGUUCCAUAAAGGAGUUUCAAGAAGGAUUAUUUUGUCGCCUAGGAUCCGAGAAGAAUAUCCUCUCUCCGAAAAGUGCCCUUCGUCCAACUGCCAUCGUUUGGUCAACGUCCGAUGGCCGUGUAAAACAUUUCCUAGAUCUUAGUCAGCAGAUCGACUUCGAAUCCAGAUGUGAUGUGUCACCGAUUACGAUCUCGCAGCACUUUCUAUCGUGAAUGGACCUCCGAUACAUGUGAUGCUCCUGCGUGCGCUUAAUAUGCUUGUAAAGCUCCCAUAUUGCGCGUGCAGAUGCGUAUGUGUGUCUGUGUUAUAUACGUGUAUGUGUGUUGCGUGUUGUGUAAUGAGACAGUAAAUGUACGAGUAAAUGUACGUAUGUAUGUAAUAAUGAUACGCAUGAGACUGCCACGUUUGCCUGAUGCGUCUGUUUAUAGGGAUUCUAUUUUUAUUCGGUAUCUGCAAAAAGAUGCCCGAGGAUACCGCCAGGGUUCUCCCAAUGAAUCGAUCUUCUCGAGAAUCGCGAUCGAGGGAAGUAGGAUCGACGUUUUCCAUUUUUACGUCCACUUUCAGCGACACUUCUGUCGACUCAAUUUUAAUAUAAUAAGCAUUUAUCACGCGUAGUAUAACACCCCGAAUAACUGAAAAAAUAUUUCAUUAAUUUAUAUAAUGGUUUGUUAAUAUAAAUAUAAAUAUGUAAAAAUAAGGUGGUUACUUUAAGUAAAAGUUAUGCAGAGAAUGUUUCAUAAAAUUAGGCCACAAAAAGAAAAAAAACUCGUAGAGUAAAAAGUCUUAACAUGCGAUAUUUUAAACGAAAGAAUUCUGUCCUACGACUUGUAUUUAAUUUCUUUUUUAUGAGAGAUUAUUUCACAUAAAACAAAGGAUGGAAAUCAAGAAAGUGAGAAUGCGUUUAA